AUUUUCCAUCCCAGAGAAGCUUUUGUUGACGACCAAACUGUACGUGUGUGCGCGUCUAACUCUACCGACGGACCUAAGACUGUGUUCAGCUUGCUUGGAAGAUUUUUCACCUGUUGACAGUCCCAGGAGGUCUCCUCUGACGGUCAACUUUCCGCAAAGAUGGACAUUUAUCGGAAUCUCCUGACAGUGGCAAAGGAGAGAAGAGACCGGACAAUCCCUCCAGAGUUACAAUGGACUCCGGCGUUUGAGAGGGAAUCCAGCAGGCGGUCGUCACCUGACUGUGGUUUUCCAAGCUGGUCCCGUGCCUUCCUGGACGGCGACCUCUCCUUCGAAUGCUGCCCCAGCAAUCUCCUGAAGGACUCACGCCUGGCCUGCCGUCGCAGCCCCCGGCUCCUCACCAACGGCUACUACGUCCUGACCGAAGACAGCUUCCUCUCGGACGAGGACGGCAACGUAACCCUCAGCCCCUCUCACACCAGUGUCAUCUACAAAGAAAAUUCAGUGAGAAUAUUUAGAAGGAGGAAAAAACUCCGCCGCUCUCUCGCUUCACUAUUCGAUCUCGGCGAUGACGACGCUUGGCUCCAUGGGGGUGUCUUUAUUGAUGCGGAUUCCCCCUUAGGAGAGGUGGUCUGGGUCAAAAGGGACAACAGUCCGGAUCCGUGCCUUUCCCGCGAAAGGGGUGACACUGACUUUUCUGCCAAACCCAGGCCCUGGGUUCCAGACGAGGCAGCUGAAGCCCUGACCGAAUCUUCCGCAUCCAACAACGACGUACGUGGGCUUCCAAGAGGAAAGAGCUCGGCUUCGUUUCUUCCAUCUCCACCGGUUGUCCCAUGGGAUUUCCGGGGACGAACUCUGGGUCCCUCAAACUCAAAUUCGCUGAGAAAUGUCUUUUACCAAGUCAUCCUGCUUACCACAUGCUUAAUCGUUUCUCUCUGUGCAAGAUGCUUGCUAGGAGGACUCUUUGCCACUCUCCUGAUAUUUCCCCUGGUGCUAACUUUAAUUUGUUGGUCCAAGUUUGAAAAAUCAUUUCCAGGUUCUUUCGUGGGGGGCCGAGUCAACAUUUCUAGGGGUUGGUGCAACCGGAGGGGGCGAAGUGGAAGUGGAAGCCCGUGGAAGUUCAAAAUGAGAGAAGAGGAAGAGCCCAAGGCGGGCCAUGAAGUCGGUCAGGCCCGGGGAGAGGAUUGGCAGUGGGAAAGCCCCGGGCAGAAAUCCCAGCCAGAAGACCCCCUUCUCCCACAGGGAGCUCAGUCACGAUGGAGCAGCAGCGAAACAAAGGUCCGGCUCAAAUGAGCAGCCUCAAGUUGAAUCCCCGGCUUUUAUUCUGACUCCUGAGGGCAUCGGGUAAGGCCAAAAUGGGGUCAAGCGGGCCCUUGACUGGCCGCAUCCGUCCAUUAAUAAUAAUAAUGUUGGUAUUUGUUAAGCGCUUACUAUGUGCAAAGCACUGUUCGUUCAUUCUGAAUCUCCCCUGCCAACUGGGCUCUCCCUAGCCAGGAGCUGCGGCUCCCACCGGGCAAAGAGGGAGGCUUGGUGUAGUUCUAAUCUGAAGGCUUUCUCCCACUGUUGUUUGCUUUAUUUCAUCUGCCUCGGGCUGGGCUCACCUGGCAGCCACAGCUGCUGUGCAGGCAUUUGGAAAACAAAGGUGACAGCAGGUGGACUUUGAGCCCGGUAGCCACUUCCCACCCGGUUUUUAAAUCCUGUUUGUCAGACAGGGAAAACAAGAGAGAACGGGCCAACCCAAGGACCGCCCUGACAGAAAGGGCCAGGACGGACACAACAGGCCUGUGCCAUGCCCUACCUGGAUUGAUGUUUCACUUUAGUGCCCCAGAGACUUGUGCCAGGAGUAAGAGACAGAGAGACACAGAUGGGAUAGAAAAGGAGCUUUCUUCUCCUCAGCCCUUCCAAGCCUAGUGGAGAAAG